AUGAUCGGCUACAUUCUUGGCCUCAUGACCAAAGGAGAAGCUCAUGUCUGGUCAAACCAAUACAUCAAGGCCCGCACUCGUGCAGGCCGACUCUAUUUUGAUACCUACACCGUCUUUAUGCAGCUUCUCGAGGAAGCUUUCACCACCCAAGAUGCCCCCGGAGAAGCCCUGCAACAACUGAAGAAGAUACGAAUGGACAAGAAACAUGCCGAGGACCACAACACCAAGUUCAAGACACUUGUCAAACGAUCCACCCUCACAGAUCCCGUUGCCAUUGCUGACCUUUACAGAGACUCCCUCUCGAACAAGGUCCUUAGCCUGAUCAUCAAUUCCAGGAAUAUUCCAAGGAACAUCAGCGACUGGUACAACAACCUGAACACCAGCUCCUCCAAACCCUCGAACCCCGCCAAAACCUACAACUUCCAGAAAGCUGAACGAGACCCCUAUGCCAUGGAUAUCGAUGCCAUGACGGACAUCUAUCCAGGGAAUGUCCCAGCCGACCUCCUCUCAACCGAGGCCAAGGGAACUCCUGGAGACAACAGAACCAGUAUCUGCCUCGCAACGCAAACUAUCAGCCGCAAUGCCAACCCUUCGUACCCCAAUCACAACCCAACAAACCGCCCCCUUGAACGGGCAAAGACCUUUAUGCCCACAUCCGCUCCAUGA